GUGUCUGGCAGAGCCGGUGUGAGAAGAGACAAUCCUUCCUCGCCGCUGGGCUGAUCAAGACUUUUGGCCGGACCUUUGAGUACAUAUCGGGAUAGUGAGGAGCCCGGCGAAAAGCACAGACUAUGGCGCUGAAACGGAUUUAUAAGGAACUUAGUGAUUUGGCCCGUGAAACCUCCAGCACAAUGUUCUGCAGGUCCAGUUGGAGAUGACAUGUUUCAUUGGCAAGCCACAAUUAUGGGACCUAAUGACAGCCCAUAUCAAGGUGGUGUAUUCUUUUUGACAAUUCAUUUUCCUACGGACUACCCCUUCAAACCACCUAAGGUUGCAUUUACAACAAGAAUUUAUCAUCCAAAUAUUAACAGUAAUGGCAGCAUUUGUCUUGAUAUUCUAAGAUCACAGUGGUCUCCUGCUUUAACUAUUUCUAAAGUUCUUUUAUCCAUUUGUUCACUGCUAUGUGAUCCAAACCCAGAUGACCCCCUAGUGCCAGAGAUUGCACGGAUCUAUAAAACAGACAGAGAUAAGUACAACAGAAUAUCUCGGGAAUGGACUCAGAAGUCUGCCAUGUGAUCCUACCUUAAAGUCAGAAUAACCUGCAUUAUAGCUGGAAUAAACUUUAAAUUACUGUUCCUUUUUUGAUUUUCUUAUCCGGCUGCUCCCCUAUCAGACCUCAUCUUUUUUAAUUUUAUUUUUUGUUUACCUCCCUCCAUUCAUUCACAUGCUCAUCUGAGAAGACUUAAGUUCUUCCAGCUUUGGACAAUAACUGCUUUUAGAAA